UUUGAUUUGCUGCUCUCGGAGCCUAGCAGAACUGCAGAAGCAUCAAGAAGAAAGAAGGAAAGGAAGAGGAAAUUGAGAAGAUACCUGAUGAUUGGCUUGGCCACAGUAGGAGGCGGAACAGUGAUAGGUUUGACAGGGGGUCUUGCUGCCCCUCUGGUUGCUGCUGGCGCUGCAACUAUCAUUGGAAGUGCUGGGGCAGCAGCUUUGGGGUCAGUGGCUGGAAUUGCUGUCAUGGCUUCGCUCUUUGGAGCAGCGGGAGCUGGCCUUACUGGCUACAAGAUGAAGAAACGAGUGGGAGCCAUCGAGGAGUUUGAAUUCCUCCCUUUAACUGAAGGGAAACAACUUCAUAUCACCAUAGCCAUCACUGGCUGGCUGUGUACUGGCAAAUAUGGGAGUUUCACAGCUCCUUGGAACAGCAUGUUGCAGUCAAGAGAGCAGUACUGUCUAGCCUGGGAAUCCAAGUACUUGAUGGAGUUGGGCAAUGCUCUGGAUUCAUUGCUGAAUGGUUUGGUUAACAUCAUGGCUCAGGAAGCCCUGAAGUACACUGUAUUAUCAGGCAUAGUGACAGCCCUGACGUGGCCGGCUUCACUUCUUACUGUAGCCAGUGUCAUUGACAACCCUUGGGGAGUGUGCCUGAGUCGAUCAGCUGAAGUGGGCAAACAUCUGGCACAGAUAUUGCUCAGUCGACGGCAGGGCAAACGACCUGUCACUUUGAUUGGCUUCAGUCUGGGUGCAAGAGUUAUUUACUUCUGCCUAAAGGAGAUGGCUCAAGAAAAAGACUGUGAGGGCAUCAUCGAGGAUGUGGUCCUGCUGGGAGCUCCUGUGGAAGGAGAAGCCAAGAACUGGAAACCUUUCUCAAAGGUGGUGUCGGGCAGGAUCAUAAAUGGCUAUUGCAGGGGAGACUGGUUGCUGAGUUUUGUCUACCGGACCUCCUCUGCUCAGCUCAAUGUUGCAGGCCUGCAGCCGGUCAGCCUGGAUGACAGGAGGAUGGUUAACGUGGAUCUUUCAUCUGUGGUGAAUGGCCACCUGGACUACAUGAAGCAAAUGGACACUAUCCUGAAGGCUGUGGGCAUUAAAACCAAGGAGUGUCGCCUGGAAGAGAAGGGGAAUCCCUGCCUUCUCUCCGGCCAGGAGGAGAAAAGGCAGCAGCCAGCACCGGGUGAGCAUCAGGAAGAGGAAUGCACCUUGGGAGAUGAUGAUUCCAUCAGCCACGAUCACUGGUCCUGGCAGCCUGUAUCCAGUGAAGGGUUGCACCCUGGUGACCUGAACUCGGGCCUUGCACAGCCUGAGGUUUCUGAAUUUCCAGGUUCUUUGGAUGCCAGCAGAGACCAGAACCCAGCUGGGCUGGACAAACCUUUACCAGCCAACCCUCUGCCCUGCCCAGAUUCUGCUGCUCAUGCCCAGGGAGGAACCUUCCUCCCUCGCCCAGGCUAUUCAGACAAUAAUGUCCUCAAAACGCAGGCAGCACACCAAGGUCUGGACUGAGUCCCUGCCUCCGAAUGCAUCACUGGCUCUUCCCUUGGUCGCAGCGGCAUGAAAGGCAUCUACAAAACCCCUCCCUUCACAACAGCACUGUCGCCAUAGGCCUGGGCUCGGCUCACUUCCUACAGAACAUUCAUCCCAAGACAUGUGGCGCUAUAGGACGCUCCCGCACAUGGAUGUGCCAAGCUAGUUGUUAGCAAAGGUAAUAACGUCCAUACAGUGCUCUUGGGUUAGAGAGGCACGAGACCCAUUGAACAACCCGGAGUUGUCUGUCUGGAAUGGAAACACAUCGGGGAUCCAUUUGAAUGGGUUAUGUUGGGAGGAUGCGUUGCAAGGAUUAAAGCCUUUCUCACGUGAUUGUACCACACGGCGAGCAUCCCAGUGGACGGGGGCGAGGUGCUGGCACAGUGACCAGUGCUGCCCUGUGCAUGGUGGCUGCCUCCUCCCAUUUUCUAUACCGGUACGUCGCCAUACACUCCAUAAUGGGGAACGCCAGCCCCCAGUGCUUAGAGGCUGUUCUGGAAAGGCCCAACCAUGGACAGUGGGUGAAGGUAGGCCUGGGGGAGGCAAACCCACAACCCUGCCCCCAGCCCCGCCCCUUCUGCUCAGGCCCUGCCCCCAUGGGAGCCAGGCCAACACACAUACACCCAGCAUCUCAGAGAGGUAAGGCAGUGCGCAGUCUCAGUUUCCCUGGGCCCGGAGCACCAAAAGUAUGGCCCCUUGGGGCAGCAAUACUCCGCCCCCAGUAGGCCUACAGCAGGCGUUCUGGGGUCGGAGUCUGGGUGAGGCCAGGCUGGCGGUUUGGGAAUCCAAAGCCU